UGAGAGUCUGGCAGCCAGUUCCACCCUGACAGAGUUCACAGCAUAUAUUAGUGGAUCCUUGUUCUCAGUGCGUCUGUUUAAGGAAUUAACGGAAGCAGUGUCAAGAGCAAGGAUUCAAAGCACUUCCUGAAAAUGAAUCUGUGUGCAUUUGCUCUCGUCCUGGCAUUAGUCGGUGGUGUCAGUGGCCAAUACUAUGAUUACGAUGCCCCUCUCUUCAUGUACGGGCAACUAUCACCCAACUGUGCACCAGAAUGUAACUGUCCCCAGAGUUACCCAAGUGCCAUGUACUGUGAAAAUCUGAAGCUGAAAAGUGUCCCCAUGGUGCCACCUGGCAUCAAGUACCUUUACCUGGGUAAUAACCAAAUCGACCAUAUUGAUGAGAAGGCGUUUGAGAAUGUCACUGACCUGCAGUGGCUCAUUCUGGACCACAACCUCCUGGAAAACUCCAAGAUAAAAGGGAAAGUGUUCUCUAGGCUGAAACAAUUGAAGAAACUGCACAUAAACCACAACAACCUGACAGAAUCAGUGGGUCCACUUCCAAAGUCCCUGCAAGACCUGCAGCUGACUAACAAUAAAAUUAGCAAGCUGGGGUCCUUCGAAGGGCUGGCAAACCUUACCUCCAUUCAUCUUCAGUACAACCAGCUCAAAGAGGAUGCUGUGUCAGCCUCUCUGAAAGGCCUGAAAUCACUAAUGUACCUCGACUUGAGCUUCAAUCAGAUUGCCAAGAUUCCUAGUGGCCUCCCAGCAUCUCUUCAAACUCUCUACCUAGACAAUAAUAAGAUCAGCAGCAUCCCCGAAGAGUAUUUCAAGCGCUUCACGGGGUUACAGUACCUGCGUUUAUCCCACAAUCAACUGACGGAUAGUGGAGUACCUGGAAACUCAUUUAAUAUAUCAUCCCUUCUCGAACUAGAUCUCUCUUAUAAUAAACUUAAAAGCAUCCCAAAUGUUAAUGAAAACCUUGAAAACUAUUACCUGGAGGUCAAUGAACUCGAAAAGUUUGAUGUCAAGAGUUUCUGCAAGAUACUGGGACCGCUAUCUUACUCUAAGAUCAAGCAUUUGCGCUUGGAUGGCAAUCCCCUCACUCAAAGCAGUCUGCCCCCUGACAUGUACGAGUGUCUACGUGCAGCAAAUGAAAUCAACAUAAAUUAACAUCGUCUAUUACAGUUCAUGGAAGUAUGUUCUGGAGCAAUACUUCAUGUUUAGUUAUUUCGGGGAUGUCUGUAAAGUUUUCACAAUAUUCUUUUGUUGUUGCUAUUACAUUGUGGACUUUAAUUAAUGAAGGAAAUGUUUUGUGAACAUUUACCACUUUUUAAUAAAAGAUGAAAAGCAGGCCUAUUUCAUCAUGAGAACAGACACACAAAAACAUUGAACUUAGUUCUUCAUUUGUAAAUUUCAUGUUUUCUAAAGCUCUAUGUUCAAAUGAUAUGAAGCCUCUUUACUGAUCGCAUGAAAAUCAAUCAAUCAGACUGAUAUUUAUGAUUCUUACAUUUUAAGUUAAUGACCUCAAAAACAGAAAAGAAAUAUGCAUGGAUGUUUGUUAUCCUAAUCCAAAUUAUCUUGAUAUGUUCAAAUUUGUUUUGCUGAAAUAAAGAUUCUGUAGUUUGAGACCUGUAAUUUUGAAUUAUAACAAAGAAAAUAUGAAACCAUAUCCACCUAAAGAAAUGGCAUUUAGUACUGAACAUUUGUAUAGUCACUUAAUGAGACUUUCCUUGAAUUAUUUUUCUCUGUCAUGUGUAUGUUUCUUUUUGAUUAUUUGCAUGUUAUGAUUAACAAGCUAAUAGCAAAAUAAAACAUUGCAA